AUGACUCCAAAAGCUGGACUUCGUCGUCGAGCUUGGACCGAUGGUCACGGCCUGCAAAAGGUGCUAGCAGCGAAGCAGGAGGUCAGACAGGCACCCAAGCCCAUCGCCCAUCCUCCAAAGGAUGUACCACUUGUGAAGGAAACCUGUGAUUCGUUCACAUUCGAAUCAUUCACCGAGGAGGAUGCUUGGGAGCUCGGCCACCUCCUCUAUGCAAGGCUUCUAGAAUUCACACCUCAGCAGUCAACAGUGAUAUCAAUCGCUCUGGCUAGCAGUGGACAGAUUCUUUUCCAAACUGCAUGCGGACCCGACACUACGAAAGAAAAUGAGAACUGGAUAGAACGGAAACGCAACACGAUCCUACGUUUCGCGGGAAGUAGCUGGUACUGGCACUGUGUUUGGGAUGGAGACGAAGAUCGUUUCCGAAAAGUCUUCAGCAUGAGCAUUGAAGAGUCUAGCAAGUAUGCUAUCCACGGUGGUGGGGUUCCAAUUCGAGUUCGCGGCGUUGCGGGUAUUGUAGCUGUGGUGUGUGUGUCGGGAUUGCAGCAGGAAGAAGAUCAUGGGGUCAUUGUCGAGGUCAUCAAUGAUAAUUGGCACUAA